CAAUCCACACCAAACGCCAUCUUGAAACUGUGGCACUGGUCACAGAAGAGGGAAACGUUGAGGAUACUGCACGCUUGGGAAAAUGCUGUACUGCCGUUCUUGUCUUUGAUACACUCAUGACUUGACAGCAGCGUGUUGUCAAAACUUAUUCGCUGUUGAUCUCAUGUGCGUUUCCCAACGACGUGUCUGAUAACAUUUUGGUUGCUCCAAAGCUGCAAUUGGAUACGAUUUUUACAGACACUGGUUGCCAGCUUUUACGGUGUGCACAACUAGCUCGUAAAAGCCAAAUGACAGAACACAUUGCAAUCCAUUGGGAAGGGGAAAUACAAUGUUUCUGUUUGGAAUCGGAUUAUGCGCUAGCAUAACGUUAACGUUACAUGUUGGAAGGUGAAGACAGCGUUGUGAGGACCAAGAAAUGAGAUGUAUGAAAUAUAACGUUAGUCCACGAAAUGUGGUGUAUUGAAACGUCUUAUCUUGCAAGCUGAUGUUAGAUCAUUUACGAUAACUAGCAAACUACGUAAUUUAAACUACCUGAAACUAGCUAACCUGCUAAGAUUGAGGGUUAAUUAGAUAUGUUCCAUGAUAUUGUUGCUAAUUUGACUGUUUAGCAUAUUUACCUGGUUUCGUCUAACUAGGUAAAUUAACAAGAUUGAAUGUAAAGAAAGGUAACAUCAAUGUUAAACACAGUGGAAUAGUUGCCUAGUAAUAUUGCUAGCUACAAGUACUGUAACGUGCUACGGACAGUUAGACCAACCUGCAACAAGUCAGUCAUUAGCUAUGGUUUUAACCAUUUUGUAGCCUCUAGCUAGCUACACAAGUAUCACCUCUUCCACAUUUUUGGGCAUAAUUCUUCAGGACCUGCAACUGUGUAACGUAGUAGUAAGCCUAUAGGCUGGCCAGUGGAUAUUUUGGAGUGGGUCUUCUCAACAAACACCUGUCAACUGGAAAGUCCGUGUCAAUACCACGCAAUGUUGACAAUACUAGCUUGCAAACUAGCUGGCUAGUUACAUUUUCUUUUUUUGCACAGACCUUCACAACACACGGUGGAGGAGCAAACCUUUGCAGCUGUGUGUUGUUUAUUUCCCAGAAAUAAAAGGAUUUCAAUUGGAUUGAAAAUGGGAGCCGCUAGUGAGCUGGCGUUUGCUGUUUUUCUCAUCUCGUUUUCCUCAGGUGCAAUCCUGGGUCGCUCGGAGACACAGGAGUGCGUUUACUACAACUCUAGCUGGGAGAAGGAGCGAACCAACCGCAGUGGCAUCGAGCCUUGCUACGGAGACAAGGACAAGAGGCUCCACUGCUUCGCCACCUGGAAAAACACCUCGGGAACCAUCGAGAUCGUCAAGCAGGGCUGCUGGCUGGACGAUGUCAACUGCUAUGACAGUGAAUGUGUGGAGGCGAAAGAGAGUCCGGAUGUCUUCUUCUGCUGCUGCGAAGGCAGCAUGUGUAACGAGAAGUUCCUAUACAGCCCCGACACACAGGCUGUCCAAAGUAAGUCGUCAUCGACCUCCAACCCGUUUUCCCAGAAGCCUCAGCUGUUCAACACCCUGCUGUACUCUCUGGUGCCCAUUAUGGGCAUCGCCGCCAUUGUCCUCUUCUCCUUCUGGAUGUACCGUCAUCACAAGCUGGCAUACCCGCCCGUCCUGGUGCCAACACAGGACCCACUGGGGCCACACACCCCUCCCUCUCCCAUCAUGGGGCAGAAGCCAUUGCAGUUGAUCGAGAUCAAAGCCAGGGGGCGCUUCGGCUGUGUGUGGAAGGCUCAGCUCCUCAACGACUACGUGGCUGUCAAGGUCUUCCCCAUUCAGGACAAGCUGUCAUGGCAGAACGAGUAUGAGAUCUACAGCCUGACUGGGAUGAAACACGAGAACCUGCUCCACUUUAUCGGCGUGGAGAAGAGAGGCAACAACAUGGACAUAGACCUCUGGCUCAUCACAGCCUAUCACGACAACGGCUCUCUGACUGAUUACCUGAAGGCCAACGUGGUGUCGUGGAACGAGCUGUGCCACAUCUCCCAGACCUUGGCCCGUGGCCUAGCCUAUCUCCACGAGGACAUCCCUGGGCUGAAGGACGGACACAAGCCCGCCGUCGCACACAGGGACAUGAAGAGCAAGAACGUGCUUCUGAAGAACAACCUGACAGCCUGCAUAGCGGACUUCGGCCUGGCCCUGAAGUUUGAAGCUGGGAAGUCAGCAGGAGACACCCACGGCCAGGUGGGCACGAGGCGCUACAUGGCCCCUGAGGUGCUGGAGGGGGCCAUCAACUUCCAGAGAGACUCCUUCCUGAGGAUAGACAUGUAUGCCAUGGGACUGGUGCUGUGGGAGCUGACCGCUCGCUGCACCGCUGCAGACGGUCCUGUGGAUGAGUACACACUGCCCUUCGAGGAGGAGGUCGGCCAGCACCCGUCUCUAGAGGACAUGCAGGAGGUGGUGGUCCACAAGAAGCUACGGCCCUGCCUCAGAGAGUGCUGGCAGAAACACAUAGGCCUGGUGAUGCUGUGUGAGACCAUCGAGGAGUGCUGGGAUCACGAGGCCGAGGCGCGGCUCUCGGCGGGCUGCGUGGAGGAACGCAUCAUCCAGAUGCAACGCCAGACCAACAUCAUCGCCCCCGAGGAGAUUGUCACCGUCGUCACCAUGGUGACCAACGUGGACUUCCCUCCCAAAGAGUCCAGCCUAUGAAUGGACGGACAUUGACUGGACGUGUCAGGUGGUGGACAUGGAGCUAUUUUGAUUGGAUGUUUUCAGGUAUACGUUGAUCAACCAGAGUGGCCCGUUCAGGAUCAUGAACUCUGGAUGAUCCCGGGUUAAACUCUGACCCCUGACCCCCUCAGAUGGGCGUGCUGGCGUGGUGUGUUUUAGUGCUGUGCGCUACACUACUGUCAUUCAGGAAAUACCUGGCUGUGCCCACCAACACUGGUUUGGUUUCUACCCACUUCAUAGUAUCAUGAUGUGUUGGACUCAGUUGGACGCCCAUAGCGAGCCUCAAACUGUAAAAAAGAAUCCUUCAAAAGAACAACACUAGGUCGUAACGAACCCUGUGAGCUGGGCAAAAGGGAUAUUUUAUAUAUGAAGAAAACACUAGGACCUCCUAACAGACUUCUGUUCUAUUUUCUAAGAAAAAGAAGAGGAAGAGGAUGGACUCUACAAGACGAACUCUCACAGCUCAGUAAAGAAAAAAGGGCAACUUGUUUUAAAAUUCCUUUGCUGUUUUCUUUCUGUGUUUGUAUGAUAAUGACAAUUGUAAUGCCAAUAAGAAACAGCUUCUGAAUGUCACGUGUACUGCUGCUGUACAUAAUAUCAAAACAAUGGUAAUCAAGGUUUAUUUUAGGGGGGGAUCCAUUUCCAAGCAUUACUACUUCGAAAGCAAAACCAUAGACCUCCCUCAAGUCAACAAGGUAUACCUCAGUUCCAUCUUCAUUACAACACUACAACCAUAGAAAUAGAACUACUAUUGUUUCUAGUUCUGUUUAUUGUAUUUCUAUGAUUACAACAAUCUCUCUGUAAACUAUUCAGAUGACAUCAUUACUUUGGUAUUAUUGAACUGUAUACUGUACAGCUGUGGCAGGUGAAAAUAUAAUAAUUAUCACCACAGUUUUUAAAACUAGUCCGCCUAGAGAUGUAUGACCAUGCAUUUACGCGAGCCUUCUUGUUUUUCUUCUUUGCGAGAAUUUUUUUUUGGAGCAUUAUUUUGUCCUUCCUUGCUGUUUUUAAUUUGUUUUUAUUGGAAACAUUUUAAUCCUACAUUUUAAGAGUAUUUCAAUAACCCCCUAAGUCAUUGAAAUGUAUUUUUAAAAAGCACUUCCUUAUUUUGGCUUGCUGUGUCAACCGAGUAUUUAAUGAUGUGAGCAUGCCUUUUGGUUAUCCUUUGGUCUUCUUUUAAAAAAAAAGCUCAGGAAGCUACUCUUCUGUCUCUCUUGACUCCCUAGUUAUUACCCAUCUUUAUCUCCCAGUCCCUAGCUAUUUCUCGAGUCCCUUGCUACUACCCCUCUGUCUCUCCCUAUCCGUAGCUACUACCCUUAUGUCUCUCCCGAGUCCCUAGCUACUACCCUCUCACUUCUGUCUCACCUGAGUCCAUAGCUACUACCCUUCUCGCUCUCGCAGUUCCUAGCUACUACCCUUCUGUCUCUCCAGUUCCUAGCUACUACCCUCCUGUCUCUCCAGUUCCUAGCUACUACCCUCCUGUCUCUCCAGUUCCUAGCUACUACCCUUCCGUCUCUCCAGUUCCUAGCUACUACCCUUCUGUCUCUCCAGUUCCUAGCUACUACCCUUCUGUCUCUCCAGUUCCUAGCUACUACCCUUCUGUCUCUCCAGUUCCUAGCUACUACCCUUCUGUCUCUCCAGUUCCUAGCUACUACCCUUCUGUCUCUCCAGUUCCUAGCUACUACCCUUCUGUCUCUCCAGUUCCUAGCUACUACCCUUCUGUCUCUCCAGUUCCUAGCUACUACCCUUCUGUCUCUCCAGUUCCUAACUACUACCCUUCUGUCUCUCCAGUUCCUAGCUACUACCCUUCUGUCUCUUCAGUUCCUAGCUACUACCCUUCUGUCUCUCCAGUUCCUAGCUACUACCCUUCUGUCUCUCCAGUUCCUAGCUACUACCCUUCUGUCUCUCCAGUUCCUAACUACUACCCUUCUGUCUCUCCAGUUCCUAGCUACUACCCUUCUGUCUCUGCAGUCCCUAACUACUACCCUUCUGUCUCUCCAGUUCCUAACUACUACCCUUCUGUCUCUCCAGUCCCUAACUACUACCCUUCUGUCUCUCCAGUCCCUAACUACUACCCUUCUGUCUCUCCAGUCCCUAACUACUACCCUUCUGUCUCUCCAGUUCCUAGCUACUACCCUUCUGUCUCUGCAGUCCCUAGCUACUACCCUUCUGUCUCUCCAGUCCCUAACUACUACCCUUCUGUCUCUCCAGUCCCUAACUACUACCCUUCUGUCUCUCCAGUCCCUAACUACUACCCUUCUGUCUCUCCAGUCCCUAACUACUACCCUUCUGUCUCUCCAGUCCCUAACUACUACCCUUCUGUCUCUCCAGUUCCCUAACUACUACCCUUCUGUCUCUCCAGUCCCUAACUACUACCCUUCUGCUUUGAGACGCGGGUGACCUUUCACACUGACUAUCUCUUCCUGGUGUCAUCUCAACCAUAGCGUUAAAACAUCUCUACUUCUAGCCUCUCUAUCAUCUCAUCUCGGUUGAGCCUUUAAUCAGUGUGACAACAUUACUACUGUAGACCCACCCUGGGCCAAACAAGGAUGUCUCUCGUCGUCCUUUCGGAAUUUGAUUUGUGAAUGUGUUCUAUAUUCCAUUUAUAGCUUGUUGUAUGAGCUCAGACUUGUCUUCUGGGUGACAUUGACACGGAUGAUGAUGCGUUCAUCUUUGCAUUCUGUCUCUUCACACCUAGUCAGUGUUUUAACUGGAACUACAACAAUGUUCAGGGAUUCAAUACUAUGCUUUUCAGUAAUUACUACAGUAUAUGCAACUCGUGCAGAAUGGUGCAAGUGCGUACAUACUUGCAUUGCUGCAGGAGCGACUUUCACACCACUGUAGCAUUUUUGUAAACAGUUAAUCUUGUCUAUUGAUCUUUUAAUUAUUUGCAGACCUGAGCUUUUGCGUAUUAGACAGAGAGCAGGUGGGCAGGUGCCAAAUCAAACAAUUAUUACUUUACCUCUAUCUGAAAGACAGUGGAACGGACUUUAGGGAAGGCCCAACUGCAUUACUCGAUUGUGUCUGUACUCUCGGGGGGUAAAGGCUGCAGUUGGCCGGUGGUCUCGCAGCGGAUGUAGGCUCUAUCACAAUUUGUCUUUCCUUCAUUCCUUGAUUCCUCACAUCCUAUCUCCUUGCCUAAUAUGGUUGAGGAGGAGGAGGAGAGGGGAUGCAAGGAUUCAAGGACAUUUUAAUUGAGAAAGCCAUAGAAUGGUGGCCGUUACUGUGAAUCCCCCCUCCCUCCCUACACACUGGAACCCUGUAGCGCUCAGCAAUACAACUAGCAAGCAAAGGGCAUUGGAGGAAGAGUGGAAGGGGCAGCAGUUUCCAAGCAGUUAGCGGUGAACCAACAAACAGAUAUACAAUCACUACAGUACUACUGCAUUAUUUUGAUUGUCAUAUGUGCUUUUGAGAAAAAAUAAAUAUGUAGCCAUGAUGUGUUCCUCUGAUGAUUUCUGGUAUUUUGAGGGUAUCAUUUUGUGUAACUGAUUUUAUUUUUAAACCACAGCUACUUGUACAGAGCUGAUUUCACUGUACAGACGUUUUAAACCCCAAACCACACUACAAUCUUCUUAGUUGAUCAGACCUUGGCCUUCUUGGGAGAUUUGAUUUCUUUCAGAUAAACUUCAGAAAGCCCAAUGACAUUUGACUUCAGGUUGACUGGAAUAUUAAAAUGCACAUUAUGUAAAUAUACAUGUCAUUUUUAGAUUGUAGAUGAUGGAUAUAGCAUGAGGUUGUUUCUAUUGUUUUUAGAAUAUAUCACAAAGAAGCAAAAAAAUCCCUGAUAAAUUAAUUAUUCCAUAAUAAGAUUUUACCUGUUUAUUUUGUAUAUCUAUGUUUUUAAAUUGUAUCAAUUUAUGACCCAAAUGGCCCGAAACGGUCACUCUUCCUUCCCCAGAUGAAACUAAUUUCUUUCUAAGGUGGUCUGAUAAAAAUCCCCUCAAAUGAAACUCUGAAUCAAUAGUUUUACCAUUUUCACACUACUGAGGUGAGCCAAACUAAGCCGAACCGAGUCGGUCUGGGGUGGCCUGGUUAAGCAUCCACCAUAGUUGCUGAAAAUGACAAUGUGAUCGGAAAAUAUCAGAGCCAGCAAAUUAUGGUUUGGGUUGGCUCAGUAGUGUGAAAACGGUCAUUGUUUUACCUCAGACAUCCUAGCUCAGACCCCAGAUGUUACACUACAGCAUUGAGAUACCAUUGCUACAAUAUUCCAGCAGUGUUGCACGAAUGUUAUCCCUUGUAUGUGACCAGCAGACAGUGUUUUCUGUAACACACUUCCUCUCAAAACAACACUAAAGCUAAACCUAGGUUAGCUUUGGUUCUGUAUUUGCUGAUAGUCAAACAGUGUGACUUGGCACAAAUGACUGUUCUAUUGGCUAGUGGACUUGCCAAUAAUUUUUAUGCUUUGCAAGUUAUUUAACAAACUUUUUCAGAUGCCUGGUUGGAAGUGGAUGUUAAAUAUUGUACAGAGAAAUUGUAUGCUAUUGUCCCUAAAAUAAAGUAUAGUGACUGCUCAUUG